CUGGCAGUUGGUGCAAAGCCACCAGUAGCGGUUCAGAAGCCUCUUUUGUUUCCAAAAUGGGGCCACAAGCGGCAAGAUAAUUGGGCUUGGCUCAGAGACGACCGCCGCAAAGAUCCCCAAGUUCUCCAAUAUCUGAAGGAGGAGAACUCAUUUGCAGACGCAGUGCUUGGAGGGGCCCUGGCAGAUGAUCUAGAGAAUGAAAUGAAGGCGCGCACCGCCCACGAUGAUCACAGCGUGCCACAGCGUGUCGAUUUGUUCUGGUACUACAGCUAUCGCCGGCAAGGAGAUCAAUACCGUAUACAGUGCAGGAGGAAAGUCCCACAAGGAGCAAGUGUCUUUAUGGAGGAUGAUGUCAUGAAUUCAAAAGCAGCAGAGGAGGUCCUGCUCGACGAAAAUAAGGAGGCACAUGGUCAUAAGUUCUUUGACCUGGGCGGCUUCCAGGCAACAGACCACAGAUACCUGGCAUAUGCAGUGGACUUUUCUGGCAACGAAAGCUACGCGAUAUAUGUGAAGGACAUUGGGGAGGACACUGUCGUGCCCAUCAGCGGGGUGCAUGACGCCUCGGGGCAGCUCGCCUGGGCCCUGGACAAUCAAACUCUCUUUUUCACAACAACCAAUAAAACACUGAGGAGUGACAAGCUAUGGCGGUGGCAAAUCAACAGCACAGCGCAAGGAGCUCAACAGAUAUACAAUGAACCUGAUGAGGCGUUCCAUUUGGAGUUGACCCACACAAGAAGCAGGAAGUACCUUUUGCUGUACGGGCGCUCUGAGGUCACAAAAUACCUCUUAUAUCUGCCGGCUCAUACACCAUUGGGCAAUCUCACAGUUUUGGGGCCAAAAGUCCAUGCCCGCAAAUAUAGUCAAGCAGCAGACUGGGGAGACAUGUGGAUCAUGUUGGAGAGCGACAUGCAGAAGGACACUCUCAAUGCAGAGCUGCUUCUGCUGCCUAUGUCCAAUUCCACAGACCUCAUGCAACUUGAGCCCAUCACAACUCUUGUGCUCAUUGAGCAUCGGCAUGAUGUGGAGCUUGAGGACUUUGAACUAUCACAGCGACACUUGGCGCUCUUACAACGUGUCAAUGGUCUGAGCACUCUUAAGAUAUUCACCUUGGAAGAACAGACGCAGAACCACACAACCCUGGGUGAGGGACGGGCUGUGACAUUUGAGGAAGAAAGCUAUUCGCUGGGCUUUGGCAAACAGGGCCCGCUUGAUUCACCGGUGAUACGGGUUGUAUACAGCUCCUUUGUGACCCCAGACAGCACCUAUGACAUCAACGCCAUGACAGGCAGACGAGUGCUGAAGAAGCAGAAGCAGGUGCUUGGUGGCUUUGACAAGGAGCAGUAUCGCACUUUCCGGCUGUGGGCGCCGUCUGAUGGAGGCGUACAAGUGCCUGUGUCCGUGGUGCACAAGAAGGGGUCUGUGCGGUUGGAUGGCUCAGAUCCCCUCCUGCUUCACGCUUACGGCGCUUACGGCGCCGCGCAGGAUGCAGACUUUGACUCAAAGAGGCUGAGCCUGUUGGACAGGGGGUUCAUUUAUGCCAUCGCUCAUGUGAGAGGCGGUGGCGAUCUGGGCCAGUACUGGUACCUUGAUGGCAAAUUGCUCAACAAGAACAAUACCUUCCUAGACCUCAUUGCAGCGGCUCAGCUGCUCAUCGCUGAGGGAUAUACGAGUCCUGAAAGGCUCUGUCUGUGGGGUCGUUCGGCUGGGGGCCUGACUGUGGCUGCAACCAUCAACAUGCGCCCAGAGCUGUUCAAGGCUGCCAUCUUGGAUGUGCCAUUCGUUGAUGUCAUUGCCACCAUGUCAGACCCUGGCUUGCCCCUCACUGUGACAGAGUAUGAGGAGUGGGGAAAUACCAUCGCCAACCAGACCAUGUAUGAGUACAUGCUCUCAUACUCUCCUCUGGAUAAUGUACGGAGACAGCCUUAUCCCAACAUGCUGGCGACAGGGGCUUGGAAUGAUGCGAGGGUGGCAUACUGGGAGCCUGCAAAGUGGGUCGCCAAGACUCGCGCCCUGGCGACGAACGAGCCCCUCAUCUUGUUGAUGGAGAACAUGGCUGCUGGACACUUUGGCAACAGUGGCUUCUUCUCGUCGCUGCACGAGACUGCCUUGAAAUACGCCUUUCUGCUGCGAAUUACAUGCACAGCUGUGGAUGUGUCUGCUGUCUCAACAGAGAGCGAGGAGUCGGGGGUGUGUGUGCCUUGUGUGGCAAUCUUUGUGGUCGUGGUGGCUGGGUUUGGGGGUCUGUUGGUUGGUUCUCUCUACUAUGGGGGCACUGUGCUGCAAAGCUGGAGAAAGGCCGGGGAAGGGAGAGGGCAGGGCAUCAGGGAAGUGGCCAUGCAAGGUUUCAAGCGGGAGAUGGCGAGGGAUGGCAGUGAGGAGGAUGAACCUUUGGACAGGCGACGAGAAGUCCAGCAGGAAAACGAACGAUUGAUACCAGAAGACGACCGAUGA